CCACCUCCUUCGUCCUUCCCCUACCCGCUCCGGCACGACCCCAAGCGCCCCCUCGGCCCCGCAGGACCAUCGACAUCGAAGAAUCCCAAGAGCCCAAAUCGCAUGGCCAUGGCGCCGGAGCCCUUCUUCACUCCGCCGCCCGCGCCGCGGCACCUCGCCGAGCUCCGCAUCGACCCCGCGCAUCACGCUGUUGCCUUCUCCGCGCCCUGCGCCGCCGACGCGAGGCGCAAGCGCCGCUGCCUCCUCCCGGCCUCCUCCGUGCGCAAGAGGAUACUCCUCGAGCUUCCCCCCUUUGACACCACGCCGAACACCCCGUCAACUCCGCCGACGCCCCCGCCCCCGCCCAUCUCACCGAUGGUGCCGCGCGCCGCGUUCUCGUUCGAGCCGGGACUCCGCCCGCGCCAGCCAACCUCCGCGGGGGGAUCCGAGGCCAGCUGUGCGGGGAACAUGUUCGCGUUCUUGGCUGCGCCGGAACGGCCCAACACGCCCACGGGUCCCACCUCCAGGGGUGGCUUCGUGUUCGCGGCUUCGCCCGAGGGUCCGCUGACGCCCACCUCCAGGGGCUCCAACACCGGCAGGCUCACGUUCUUGCCUUCGCCGAAGCAGCCUUUGACGCCCAUGUGCUCCACUGCCAGCGGCUGCGAGGCGUCUUUGAUGCUCACCGGUAGCGGCGCAGCCGCGUCCCUCCACUCCGCGAAGACGGCGCGCACGGGGUCUACGACCCGAGGCGUCGGGUUCGAAUUCUUCCCUCCGAAGGGGACCGCGUGCGCGAAACUAGGCUCUCCAUCUUCCGCUGCAGCCAAGAAGACGACGCUCCCCUCCGUGGGCCUCGGAGCACCGUCGUUCGUCUUCUCGGCGUCGCAGACGCUGCCUCCGCGGCGCGGCGGGAGCAGGAAGCGCCCACGGCCCAACCUCCGCAUCGAGACGACUGAUCGUUCCAUGGGUCCGCGACUCUGGGAGGAAGAUAUGACGCCGCUACAGCAGCAGCUCACCCCGUCGCCGCAGAAGCUCGCAAAGACGAACUCCAACGUCAACCCCGCGGCCUCGCGCUCGUCUAUCAUGUCGGAGCCGUGCUGUGCGUUCUUCGCAUCGCCGGGAAAGGCGGCCAAGCAGGAAGCCAAGAAAGCCCCCAGUGAGGCAUCCCGUUCGCCAGCCGGGUCACGCUGCACGUCGUCGAAGGCGAGGACUUCCUCGCCAGAAAAUCCGAGAAAGCCGGAGCAAGAGGUGGAAGUGUCCAGCGCAAUCUGCUCCGGUGCCGAGCUGCUGCUGCGCGUGACCUGCAAGUGCGGUGUCCACAAAGAGUUUAGCUUCGACCACGGUGUCUGAUCAAGUAGCUCCUGUCUAUCUUCAUCGUCGGUGUUCGGGUUUUACUUUGCAAAUCACUGAAGUCUUAGAACAAGGUUAACUGCACCGAAUUUUAAAUGAUACAUGCUCACGUAGAAACUAGUUUAAGCCUUGAGAAGCCGCAGUAACGUAGAAAUUAAACGAGUAUGUUUCUUGGUUGAUUUGAUCUUGUAGUCGUGUGCUUGUGGUACAUACAUGCUCAUUUGGAUGAUUGGUAGUGGUAGAGUAACUGAGUAAGAGGUAUCAUUCCGCUUUAUUUGGAAGCACACAUGAUUUUGAUGUCUAUUAACAUGUUCCCUUGUGUGAAACGACCAUAGACUCGGCCAGUUU